AACUGUUGGGUAAAAUAAUAGAACAGUUUUAAGUAAUAUGGAGCGAUUUUUAACGCUCCACAUUAAAAUUUUAACGUUCGGGCUGACCCAAUGAUGGCCCUACUCCGUUUCCCGCGCAAUACCCGCCAAUUUUUAAGCUGCCCAUUUCCUCCAUCUUCUCCUCCAUUUUUCUGUAAUUCCGUUAGUUAUUCAAUUUCAACAAUUACCCACUUCUUCAACCUCAAUCCCAUUAUUUCUGCAACGUUUUCACAAAUUCGAAAACAAAAUGGCUGAUUUGGGAAUUGAACCUGAAGACAGCAGCUUGAAGAAGAGCAAGAUCGAUUUGUCGCAAACCCUAACCCUAAUUCUCCCCGAUCACAUCUUAAUUGAAGAAAUCCUUGCACGACUCCCGGUAAAAUCCCUACUUCGUUUCAAAUCUGUUCGUAAGUAUUGGCUAUCUAUCAUAUCGUCCCGUGAAUUCGAAUUAUCCCACCUGGAAUUCUCCCCCCGUCAAUUUCUAUUUCUUUCUCAAUCUGCUGAUUUUAAUGGAGAAUUUGAUUUUUUUUCUAUCAUUACCCGAAAAAGAAUGCUGUAAUUUGAAAGAUUUAGUUCAAUUAGGGGAUGGAAACAUUUUAGCUCUCCCUAUAUUAGUUGGUUCUUGUGAUGGACUCGUAUGUCUGUGUGAUAAGGACAAGAAUGAUAGUAAACUUAGUUUGUGGAACCCUGCUAUAGAUGCGUAUCGCGAGAUUACUAAUCCGGGUAAAGUUCCCAAUGUUUUAGCUUAUGGUUUUGGUUAUGCUUCUUCGAUUGAUGAUUCUAAGAUUGCCGCUUCAUUUGGUACGCCUGGUGAGAAGUUUCGAGGUUUUUUUGUGUUUUCCGUAGGUGGUAUGAAAUGGAAAACAAUUGUUGGUAGAUUCCACAGGCGUUACCUUCCACUUGCUGUGACAUUGGAUGACAAAGCACUGUUUAUUGAUGGAAUUCUAUACUGGCCUCCUACUGGAUAUACUAGCCGCGGUAAAGCCAAACACAUGAUUGGAUUUGACUUAAACAGUGAGAAAUUUGAAGAAUUUCCAUGGAUAGAUGAUAUAAAUAUGUACAGUAAGGUGGAUUUGUUUCGGUUUAAAGGGUGUUUGACAUUUCGUGGUCGUGAUUGGAAGAAUUUCGAUGUUUGGGACUUUUGGAUGUUGAAGAAAGUUGAUGGUUCAAGUAGUUGGGAGAAAUUGUUCAGUGUUGAUCUUACAAAUGUCUCCUUUUUUUGUUUCUCUGAGACGGAUGAUAAGUGUUUGGUGUGGCAUUUUGAGCAGUUCAAGCUAAUUGACCCGUGUAAGGAAGCUCUGGAGUGUUUCCGAGGAGAUGUUAAUUUUUGUCACAUUGCAGAAUCAAGGGAUUACGUAGAGAGUCUUGUUUCGCCUUUUGUAACAACCAAUUUCGAUGAGGAGGUCAAUAGCAACGAGACGUCUGAUAGUUCUGAAGAUCUGAUCAUGGACGAUAAGCUUCUCCAGAACAAAAGGGUUACAGUGUCUCAGGCAAAGGAAUCUGAUAAUGAUGAGGAUGAUGAUGGCAAUGAGAGUGAUUUUGAGGUGGAGUAUACCAAUCUGUGGACUAUGGACCAUUGUGCACCGAAAAAACAUAUGUGCAUAAGCAAAAGAACAUGACACUACGACAAAAGAACAGCGAUAUAAUAUUUCACUUUUUUGUUAUAAAAAAUAAUAAAAUAUUUCACUAUUUAUUAAAAAUAUUAAUAAUAAAUAUAUUCAUGUUC